AUGAUUACAUGUUUUGAAGAUCUUUCCAAUGAAAUUUUUUAUGAAUUAUUUGAUUUUUUUGAUAGUUAUGAUAUUUAUGAAAUAUUUUCUAAUCUUAAUAGUCGUUUUAAUCAUCUUAUUAUUCAUUCAUCUUUACCACUUAGACUUAAUUUCUCUUGUCUAUCUAAGACAAGUUUUCAACAUCGAUGCAAUACUAUUUUAAUGCCAAAUGUACAUCGUAUUAUAUCUCUUCAAUUUUCACAUCAUCUUAUUAUUGAUGAUUUCUUUACAUCAUUUUGUUUAGAUUCAUCGUUUAUUCGUCUUGAAAUUUUAAUUUUACAGAAUAUUAAAUCUGAUAAUUUAAUUCCUAUUCUUACUACUUUAGCUUUAUUACCACGUCUCUAUUCUCUUACUAUAACUAGUAUUGAAAAAAUACAAUCUUCAAAUGAUGUUUUUUGUUUAAUUAUUCGUCUACCUGUAUUGAAAUAUUGUAAAUUAUCAUUUGAAUUAUGGAAUCAACAUAUUAAUUUAUCAUUGAAUAAUAAUGAAUAUAGUUCUAUUGAACAUCUUAUUAUUAAUACAAAAUAUAAUCUUGAUCAAUUAAAUAAUUUUCUUAUUUAUACACCAAAUCUUCAUUGUUUAUCAUGUGAAAUAUCAACAUUAAAUAGUAAACAAAUUACUAUGUCUAUUAUAUCAAUGAAUUUAAUUAAUCUCUAUCUUAAAUUAGAAGAUACAUCAUUUGAUGAAUUUGAAUGGUUUAUUAUAUAUUUUUCACAUCAACUUAAAUUAUUACAUCUUUCUACUCAACGUGAUAUUGAAUUUUUAAAUGCUGAUCGUUGGGAACAAUUAAUAUUAUGUCAUAUGUUAAAUUUACGUAAAUUUAAUUUUCGACAUCAAAUAAUUAAUGAUGAAAAUAUUAUUAAUUAUCAUCGAUAUCAUUUAUUAAUUGAUAAAUUUAAAUCAUCAUUUUGGAUUGAUCGACAAUGGUUUUUUACACAUCAUCAUUAUAAAUCAAAAGAUUUUACUUCUUGGAUAAUAUUUUAUUCUAUUCAACCAUAUAGGUACAAAUAUAAAGGAUAG